UGUGAUGCUGGAUUUUACAAAUUUUAUAUUAAAAAAUACAAUUAUAUUUGUUUUAAAAAUAAUUAAACUUUAGAUAUAUAACUAUUCAAAAUAUACAUAUAUUCCUGUAUCGAAUCUAAAGAAUGUGUUUGCGAGUGCUCGCUCGAUUGCACAAUUUAUUAAAUUUCCCGAAUGCAGCCAUUAUUAAUAUGCACGUGCGCGAUGACACACGCAUGAUGCACACACAACACGCAGUGCGCGUAAAGUUUUAUGUCGCCAUCGCAAUCGUCCGAGAAUUCAUAUUAUCGAGCGGGUAAAAAAGGAAAUAUUAACGAAAAGAGAAAAAUUUCAUGGUUCACUGCUUGAUCGCGUCGAAAUUUAUUCCUAUCGAAGAUAUAGUAGACAUAUUAUUGUGACGAUCAGUUGUGCGUGUGUAUGUGACAAGCGUGGAUCCACGUAUUCCGAAUGCUGUGUGCCUUUUUAAUUGACAAACAUGCGUCGAUGCUGCGAUCAUCUUUGGCAUCUCCAUCGAUGGCAUAUAUACGAAAUGUCAAUAUUUAGAGGUAAGCAGUUUAUCGUGCAAGCAAGUAUUUAGUGUCCCAUCAGUUUCGAAAAUCAGACCACGAUCGAAAGCGCGCCUCGCGUCAAACGACUCUCUUGUUGGAGACAGCUGGAGGUCAGCUGGGGUACCGUUCUCUCAAUCGGCUACGUGUCAAAAGUCAAGAGUUCUCUUGUGGAGACUUCUUGAUAUAGGAAUUACAGUUUUGAAUGAAGAUUAAAUUAGAAGCAUAUAAACGGUAAAUUACUAUUAAAUAUUCCGAAAGAGAAGCGAGACUCUGUGUCGUGACGAGAUAACCAAGCUGAUAACGACCCGAUAGAUUGGUUGUGUAAACACGAUGAACAGUCGCGAUGAAACGCGAUUUGAUAUUUCAUAGACGGUUAUUCAUUCGGUAUUGAGGUGUCUUCUUAUCUAAAUACAAUGUGUUGUAUGAUAAGAUUUGUGGUAUAAGCAAAAAGAAUUUUGCAGUGAUUCACUGUAAAAAUUAUAAUUGGAAUCAUGUAAAGUGAUAAUAUUACAUAGCUUACUUAGUCGUAAAGUAUAUUAUAAAAAAACAGCAAUGGGUUCCAUUGCUUUAGAGGAGUACGAGUUAAUGAAGGACUCGAAAUAUCGAGUCUAUGUGAAUGCUGUUGAUAAAGCUCUAAAAAGCUUUGAAUAUACGAGCGAAUGGGCAGAUCUAAUUUCUGCAUUAGGAAAGCUUAACAAGGUGCUGCUAAGUCAUAUGAAGUUUCCUGUUAUUCCAAGGAGAAUUAAAAUAUCAAAGAGAUUAGCCCAAUGCAUGCAUCCAGCACUACCAUCUGGUGUUCAUUUGAAAGCUUUAGAAACGUAUGACAUUAUUUUUAAGUGUAUGGGCACUAAUAGACUCAGCCAUGAGCUAUUUAUAUAUAGUGCAGGACUGUUUCCAUUAUUGGGUCAUGCUGCUAUGAAUGUCAGACCGUCAUUAUUAACAGUAUAUGAAACACACUUUGUGCCACUUGGCGAAAGAUUGAGACCAGGAUUAAGCGGUUUUUUAAGCGGUGUUCUUUUAGGUUUAGAAGAUGGAUCUGAUCAUUUUGACAGAACAAAUUCCUUAUUGGAGAAAGUAUGCGAUGGUGUAGGUGCAGAACAUUUUUAUGCAUGUCUCUGGGAUUGUUUAGCUUCAAAUUCGGGCAUUCGCUUGCCUGCUAUAUCAUUUGUGCUCGCGCACUUCAACAAGAAAUUAACAAUGGAAGAGCAAAGAUAUAUUAUGGGUACUAAUACUAAAAUUAUGGUAUCAGCCUUAUGCGCAGGAGUACAAGACACUUCGGUGCUAGUACAAAGAAGUGCACUGGAUUUUCUAUUAAUAGGUUUUCCUAUACAUAACAGUCAAUUGACACAUCAAGAUAUGAUAUUAUUAAUCAAAGCUGCUUUAGUUACUAUAUUACGAAGAGACAUGAGCUUAAACAGACGUUUGUUUGCUUGGUUAUUGGGCACUGAAGUAAGUACAUCAAUUUUAAAGAAGAACCACAUAACUGUGGACACCAAGGAGCAUUCUAUAACAUAUUUUGACAUAUAUUCCAAAAAAAUGUUAGUUGAAGCAAUAAAAUAUUUGCUUAAAGAAGUAUGCGAAGAAAAUUCACAGGAUUUAAAGCCAUAUAGAAUACUUAUCUCAUUACUUGAUAAGGUGGAUAUUGGACCAGUAAUUUUGGAUGAUAUUCUGUUUGAAGUGUUUAGGACAUUUUAUAAUGCCUGUAAACAAUCUGCACUGAAUCAUAUAUCAAAAACAAGUGAAGUAGUAAAAUCUGCAAAUUUAUUAUUUUCAACUUUGGAACCAUCAUAUAUCUGGAUACAUUGUGGACAUUUAUUCGAAAAGGCCUGCAAUAGAAGAGCAAAGACACAAGUUACCAUAGAAGAUGUUACUGUAAAAACGGUCGGUAGUGGAAUGCCAAAUUUAGUGGAAGUAUGCAUACUAACAGAAUUUUUACUCGAGACUGUAUCAUUGGACGCAUUCAUAGACACUCCGUCUGAGCAUCUUCCUGGUUUGUUUUAUGAAAUAAUUAGCAAGCUUUUAUAUCACAUUAAUAUUUUGUCUUCAAUGGAGAUCUCAAAAAGUCUUAAAUUGUGCGCCAAGAUUUUGUCGAAAGUACAACCGACUGUGGUAACGACUCAUGCAGACAAGUAUGAAAUAGAUAGUAAAAUGGAUGCUUCUCUGAAUAAUAUUACAGUUCCUAGCGAUAAUUCGCUAACGGCGAUUCCUUUGGAAAAAAGUCAGUCGGAUAGUAAAUUGAAUAAGGCCGAUAUAUCCGGUACCUCUUUUGCGGAGAAAAGUCCGAGUACGAGAAGAAGAGCUAAUUCCGGUGGCGCUGCUAAGAGAAAUGAGAAAAAGUCGAAGAAAAAGGGGAGUAAAAGUACUUCCAAGUUAACCGAUACAUAUACUAUACAAGCCGAUGGUACCAACAUAUCGGUCGUAGUGAACGAAGACAUAAAAUCUUUACCUAGGAAUAAAAGCAUGGACGAUAUUAAAACGAGCUGCAUCGAAACCGAUGCAAUAAGCUCUUCUUCGAAUAAUAAACUGUCUACCACAUCAAAACACUUGACAAAUGUCAGUCCAUUGGGAUCAACGGGAUCCUUAUAUAGGGGACCAUCUCCGGCAUUUCAGGCACAGCACUCCAUGUUAGAAAAGUGCCUCCGUCAAUAUGAAAUAUUUUAUGUCAAAUUAAUUAGUAAUCGAAUACUUAGCAAAGAAAGAACAGUGCAAGAUAUGUUUAAUCACUUGGUGAUCUCUUGCCCGAGAAAGAGUUUCGACGAGAGAAUGCAUUGCUUGGAACUUCUGCUGAAUUCCAGAUUAAAUAUGGAGGACUCUGGAUUCUUUAGUCAAGAUGUGUCUGUAACAGAGGAUACCAAGUGUCUGGAUAUUUUUCACUUGUCUCUUGAUAUCGUAGCGCAUUCGGAAUGGAACGAGACCAUGAAAAUAGCGUCUAGCUUAUUCGUGGAAUUAUCCACAUUUCCAAAAUACUUCUUACCCGGCGACGAUGUACUCGUGGAGGAAGAACCCAAGUUCGAGCACGUUCUUCCGGAUUGGUUGAAAGUCCUAAUAGUCUGUUCCUGCUGGUUACAGAAGCAACCGGCAUUACAAUUAACGAGCAUCGCUACAUUAUUGGACUUGGUAGCAUUAUUGAAAGCACAUAAUGACAUCGAGAUACAUUCGAAAAGUGGAGAAGGUAUAACGACAGUGAUUAUGGUGCCGUUGUUGAAACAACGGCACAUUACCUACUUGAUGCAAUACACUAAUGUAUUUCAGGUAUUGGCACAUUCCUUGUGGAAUCAUUUGGGCGAGCUUCCCGCUCAUAAAUUUAGGAUGCGUUGCGUAGAGCUGUUGCACGAAUUGCAUCACGCUUUAUACAAUUCCUGCGACGCAGUCGAAGACUUAAUAGGAUCUGCUCUCACUUCCGAGAAUCCUGAAAAAAAGAUCGAAGCAUUCAGUAGAUUUGCUACUUUAUGGCAUUUAGGACGAGAAAUCGAAACGAAUCCACGGCUACGCGGUUGUCUCAGAAUUUUCGACCAAUCCUUAUUAAAAAUGUUGGACAAUCUUCAACUUGCAGACAAUUCGCCGUUAAAACUAUUAGCUCAAUCAUGGCUACUACAUUCCUUGAUGCGCGGCGAUAUAUCGCGUGUAAUAGAUCCCUUACUGACAAUACUUUUAGAUCCAUCCACAUGUCGUAUGAGCGUUCUCCACGUGAGUAUACAACACAGUAAUACCGUCCUAACGAAGAACGAUCCGGUGGAGGAAAAAUCAGAGGUUCAAGAUGACACAGAAGGUGCUGCGAAAAUUUAUGCAAUUAGUUCUGUCGACGGCAAUGUGAUAUAUCAUGUGAGCGAUAACGUGGACGAGGAUAAAAAAUGGAAGAAAGGCAAGAAAAAAAAACAGACGAUAAAUCCCGUGAAAAUAAAACGAAUCUUUGCCGUGACGACAUUGGCGACUGGUGAUAAUUGCAAUCACUAUGUCACGGAAAGAAAUCAAUUUAUGAAAGAACUCGAAGUGCCGCCUAGCAUAUCUGGCAAUCGAAAGAUUUCCGUGUUUGUGAAUCCUCUCUCAAUCAAUUGUAAUGAAAACUCUAACGAUUCCUUGACAGAAGACGAUUCGCUGCCCAGUAUACGCAAGGUAAACUUGACAACAGAAUUACUUAAGAAUGCCACUCGUUUCAAGAAGAUUGAUUUCGAUAAAGGUUCCACUGCCAGUUUAGACGAGAGUCUUUUCGAAUCGGCAAAUUCUAGUUUGAAGGUGAAGGAUAAGAGUAGUUUCAAAAAACUAAACGAUGACGUCGACUCAUCUCUAGAUUCUAUAACAAAUAGCUUGGAUUCGAGCAGUCCCGAAGUAACUAAUAAACAAUCUAAACAGAAAAAAGAACCCGUCGUGAUGCCGGGCAGUUCCAGAGAAAUAGCGGGCACUCUCAUAAAAGGCAGAUAUUACAGUACGAAUGAAUUUAACAUGAAUUAUGAUCAUGAAAUCGGCAGUUUCGAAGCGAGCGCGGAGGUGCCCAGUUGGACGAUGGACGAUGAUGACGGCGAUCUGGAUGUCAGCACUACCGCGGAAGAAUACUUUAGCAAUUCUAGCAGCGCCAGUAUAGUUGAAGAGAUUCUGAAUGAGGUGCUCGAUCGUGCGAUGCAAUUAUGCGAUGUCGCCGAACCGCCGAAAAAUGCAAAAGCUCCGCAGCAUUCCGCAAAAACUAAUCGAAAUGUUGGUCUGGGUGUUCAUAAUCUUCAUUCCCAUAUGUUACUCUAUUGUGGAGUAUACGAUUCGGUCAGAACCCUUUACGUUUUACGCACGCUCAGAAACGAACUUUUGACAAAUACGCGAAUGUUUCUGUGUUGCGCGGCAACAACCGGUGCGGCAAAUGCGACGAAGAAUACAGUGCUAUUAAAUCUAUUGGCUAGGCAUCGGAAAAGUGUUUUUGGCAGAAACUUUCACGGUGAUAUAGCUAACACGGAAUUUAUAGCAGCUUAUAGGAGUAGUAUGUAUCUCGAAGUCCUAAUAAGCGUGUGUCUGUAUUUUGCAAGAAGUUAUUAUCCAAAUCUGGGACAGAUGAGGCUUACAUAUGACGAAAUUUCCGGUAACCGUCAAGUACAACUUGCAAGUGCAGAAUUAUUGACGCUAAUAUUUUCGGAGUUAAUCCCAAUUGUUCGCGAUUCUGGGAAAGGUUUCAGUUGCUAUAUAGUCGACCUGCUGACUAAAUGUAAAGUACAAAAAGUUGCUCUACACUGUCUCGUAUCUAGUGUUAUGAGUAUGAAGAACGCUCAUAAAGAAAAUGAAGAUGUUUUCACAUUUACUGAAGAAAUUGUAUUAUUUAACGAUCCGAUUAUCGAUAAUGAUAUUAACAAAUGUAAAUAUAGAGCGAGCGAUCAUACAGAAGCUUUCCAGAUACAACUAUUACGAUUACUAUUAGCGUUAAUUAUGUUGGAGCAUCAGUGUAGUAGUCAGAAAGGAGAAGAGAUUAAUCCAACGACAUCAUCUAUUCCAAGUUCACCGACACGGACUCUACCGAAUUUAAUCGGGAACAGUUUAAAAUAUGUUUCUGGGGCAGCGAUACCGCAGCAACCAAUGUUUCUUGCUAGUAUCCUUAGUGCACUGCAACUCAAUCAUAUGAGGCAUCUUCAUCAACAUUGGACAACUCUUGUUACAUCUAGUCUCCCUUUUAUGGGAUCAUCUUUAACGUCUGUUGUAACAUCAGUUAUUCAUCAAUUAUGCAGUAAUAUUGAACAUUUAGCGUCGUAUUAUAUCAAUGAAGAACCCGCGUCAAAGUUACAAGAUAUAAGCACGGUAGAAUGCUGUUUGCCUGCGGAUUACACAGUGACACAUCUCGAGGCUUUGACAUACUUGCUGCAUUAUUGCCUAUUAGAUACUUCUCAACAAAUUGGAUUCUCAUUUAAUCAGCCGCUAAGUGGUACAAUACAAACGGGAAUUCCUGGUGCUAAUCCCGGACAAAUUUUCAACAAUCUUAUACACGUUUUUAUGCCAAGUCCACUUUCUCCGGAUCUAUCCACAACAAAGGAUAAAACAGGCGCAACUGAACUACAACAACAUGCUAGAAGAACAGCAUUAAGUCAUUUACCGAGAAUAAUAGCAUCCUUAUCUGCUUUGUGGCAAGCAGUUCUAGCAACAAAAGACAACGAACAAGCCAGUUGCGUGGUGGGCAGUCCAAGAAUUGUCAAAUAUCAAUUGUUAGAACUCUUAUCCCCAAUCUCUUUCCAUCAUGGAGCCAACUUUCUAGCUGCAGUCGCGGUUGCUUGGCACGAAAGGCGUCAACCGUCCGCCGCUUCUAAGAAGAUACUUCCAGAAGCCUGUCCCAAUCAACAAGUGAUGGUUCAUUUAGUUAGCGCUAUUCGCGUUAUGCCGAUUGAUACUUUGGUACACACUGUGCAUCAGGUAGUGAAAACACCACCGCCAAUACACGGGAUCAAACAGGAUUUCUCACUAGAAGUCUCAGUACUGGAAUUACUUUAUAUAUAUAUGCAGAGUAACACGUCGCAAUCGCUUAUCGAGUCUUGGGCGUCCUUGCUGAGUUUAUUGAAAGAUGGUUUAUCGCUAACAGCACCUGCUCAAUUUCUUUUGCUGGCUAUACUAAACGAAUAUGUACAAAAGUGUCCGCCUAUGCAAGAGAAGAAAGAUAUCAAAGAUUUGCAAGAUGUAUCAGCAAAGUUUAUAGAAUCAUGUUCGCAAAUAGCUGGCGCGUGUCUAGAACAAACAACGUGGCUAAGAAGAAAUUUGGCUGUUCGAGAAGAUGUGUUCGAAGUAGUUGAAGGUUCUUCGGAAGGUAAAGAGGGAAAAAAUGGUGCUGUAACACCUGGAACCCCACCUAAUGCAGCAUAUAGUGUUCAAGCGCAAGCAGUAUUAGCGGAAAUACUUGCGCCUUUGUUGGAUGUCAGUUAUGGUUCGCAAGAAAAAGAGCGCGUGGUAACAUUGCUAACAAACCUCAUGUAUAAUGUUACACCUUAUCUGAAAAAUCACACUAUAAAGAAUAUUGCCUCAUUCACUGCAUGUUCUCAAUUAUUGGCUUCUUUGUCGGGUUAUCAAUACACGAGGAAAGCAUGGCGAAAAGACGUUUUAGAUUUGUUACUCGAUUCAGCCUUUUUCCAAAUGACACCAUCCUGUCUGCCAUACUGGAGAACUAUAAUAGACAAUCUGAUGACACAUGAUAAUACUACCUUCAGAGAUUUAAUGAAUCGCGUGUCCAUGGCUCAAGGCAGCGGAAUCAGUAUAUUCUCUUCAAAGGAACAAGAGUAUGAACAGAAAGCGCAACUAUUAAAGCGAUUGGCGUUUGUCAUCCUUUGCAGCGAGAUGGAUCAGUAUCAUAAAUAUAUGCCAGAGAUACAAGAACGUUUAGCAGAUAGUCUACGUCUACCCCAAGUGAUCCCAUCUAUCCAAGCACAAGUAUUUCUAUGUUUCCGCGUAUUACUAUUGAGAAUGUCACCGCAACACGCGACGUCUUUGUGGCCAGUCAUAGUUAGCGAGCUUGUUCAAGUCUUUCUUUAUAUCGAGCAAGAAUUGAGUACGGAUAGCGAAGAGUUCAGUCGUCAUAGCAGUUCACAUAUUAAACUGCUUUCGGCCUUGGACUCAUCGUGGGCUGUUAACGCUAGCAAUGGACUUCAGGCACACGGACACCCUCACUGGUUGCAGCUGCAACUAGCUGCCGCCAAACUGUUAGAUCUCGCGUUACUAUUGCCCGCACACAGAUUACCGCAAUUUCAGAUGUAUAAAUGGGCAUUCGUUGGAGACGCAGCGGCAGGAUGUAUAGAUAACAACAAUCUAUCUUCAGACUUUGUACCGCACAUUACAAGAAUAGCAAAAUUGAUGGAUAAUAAGUUUAAACCUGAAGGACCACCGCCCAAAAGAAAUUCAGGGGAGCUUUUACUGACAUCAAAUAAUGUUCGCUCUCUGCAAGAUUUGCAUCACUUCUUCUCAAGUCUUAGUCGCGCCACGUGCGACACAUAUGUACCGAUAAAUAAUACACAAUUGGAGACUGUAAUCGAACAAGACUUUCUUGAAAAAAUGCCGACCAUGCCAGCGAGAUAGUAGGGAUGCGUAAAAAUACAUAAAUAAUUUAUCAAUCAGGAAGUAUAACAAAUAUCUAUCGUUAAACAAAACUUUAUCCUUUGAUAUAUUUAUAUAAAAAAAAAGAAAUAUAGAUAAGAUAUUUCGCAUCGCAUUUAAAAGUAUUCUGUCUAUACGUAAAUACUACAUUGUAUAAACAAUUAGAAUGCAGAUAUCUAGAAAACACGUCGACUGCUCCUAGCUCUUGCUGUUAAAAUAUAGACACUCGAUUAAAAUUUGCUUAAAAGGCAAAAGGAGAAAAAAGUUAACCAUAUUUUGAUUAAAACAUUAAAGUAAUAAAUAAGAGUGAUGCAAUAGGAAUGAACUUUAGAUAUUCUACAUGGAUAAAUUUUAAUUGCAUGAAAGAAAAGGAAGAAAAAUGAAAUAAAUAAUCGACAUAAGUAUGAAAUAAUUGACAUGUCAAAGAUUAUUAAUUUUUUUGUGCACAAAUUAAUUGUAGAUAAAAUAAGAAAUUCCUUUUUUAGUUAGAAAGAAAGAGAGAGAGAAAAGGAAUCAGGAAUGAAUCUGAAGCGCGCAUAUAUAAUUCAUAUAAUUCAUUUUUUGUUACUUGUUUUUAUCAGUUAAGCUAUUGACUCGUCUCCUCAUUCGGUUGUGAAUAGCUAUCAGCAUGUAUAAUAUAGCACGCUGAAUUUGCACAUUGGCCUGUGCUAGUAUAAAAUUAUAUAGAGCGUGUACAGUGUAACAUAAUAUUAUACUUACGGAAUAAGGUCUUCCCUUAUUUUUUGACAUACAUCUGUUAAAUUUUUUUCAAUGAUUUCUAUUUUUUUUUCCUUUUAACUUUGCAUAUUACUAUAUUUGAUAGAAAAAACUAUGUGCGAGUGUAUGUCUGUAUUUUUAGAAAAAAAUACACAUGUAGAUAAAUGGAUGAUUCUCUACAGAUCCUUCAAUAGCAACCGCUUUGCUAAAAUACAAACAAUAAAAGAUUAAUUAUAGGAGAUAAAAAUUCAAUCAAUGUCCUAUAUGCAAUAUGAAGUUUACAGAUUGUAAUGUAGAUUCGCAGAUAUUAGAUGUAAAAGUUUGUAAACCACAGGCUAUGGGCCUGCAUUAUCAGGACCCACUCGCUUUAAUGCAUUUCACUAUCGAAGACUAUCGAGGAAGAUUCAUCGUGAAAUUAUUUAUGAAUUUUCACUCCACCUAAAUUAAUCUUUUAAUAUAAAGCUACCCCGCGUUAUAUAUCGUCAAAAACGCUUUGUUUUAAUGAAUAGACUUUCUAGACAAACUGAUAAAUUAUAUACUGCAAUAUUACUGCAUCACUGUCUUAUACAGUAUGCUUGAGAAAAAUAAAACACUAUAUAUUUUUAUGACAAACUAAUUUAAUAUGCAUUAAAAAGAUUUAAUACUAAGAAUAUCUACCCCAAUUUAUAUGAUGUAAGCUUCUUUGCACAGAUAGGAAAUAAUCGAAAUUGAAGAUAAUAUAUAAUGAAAAAUGUAUAUUGUUAAUUUUGCUCAACAAAAAUUUUAAAAUUACAUCAGACACAAUUUGCUAAAACAUAUAUAUUAUCUUUCAUAACUGUAAGUGAUCUUAUAUGUUCUGCUAAUGAUAAUGUUUAUUAAAAUAAAUAUUGAAACUAAAGCAAUUUUUAUUCUCAUUUAGUUAAUGAAAAAUACGUUUGCAUAUUGGUAGAUAUUCUUCUCAAUAAGUGAUUAGUGAUUUAUAAAUCUCACAAUAAUUAUGACUUGAUAUAUAUCUAUUAUAUAAUGCAACAAGUCACAAUGUGUAGAAAAAUAAAAUUGAAAGCUCUUAUAUAUGGAUUUAUUUCUUUUAAUGAUAAAAAUUCAAUACCUAAAAAAAAAUUGUUAAAUUAAUUAAUUUUGUCAUUGUGUUUCAUGAUGUUAUUAAUCUGAAAUUAAAUUUAAAAUAAAUAGUAAUUUCUAAAAGCAAAACAAUUUUUAUCUUUAGCAGUAUUAUUGAAGUUACUGCUUGGCACUAAUAAUAAUAAUAAUAAUAAUAGUAUAUGGCAGAUUUAUUUUACUGGUUUGGCAGGAGCUUGUGCAAAAUCUAUUGGAUAUGAAAAAAUGUUUAUAUAAUUAUAUUAUCUAGUUAUAUACUUGUACACUAUACUAUAAUUUAUUUAAAAAAUCGAUGAUAUGAUUUUUUAAUACAUUUAAUACACUCUAAAUUUUUCUAUAAGUUAAUCAUUUUUUAUGUAUCGUCUGUAAUUUGUGAGUUAGAGUGGUUUAUAAAUAUAUCUUUUGUUAUAGCUCCACUAAGAAAUAGAGAAAUUAAAGUUUUGUCAUAUAUGAAAGCAUUAGACAAAUAUGUAUACUUAUAUGUUGAAAAAUGUAAUUUUAUGUAAUAAAUCUAUAUUUAACAAAUAAGUAUAAAUUACUGUGAAAUAUAUA